AUUGGACACAUUGCGAGAUAUUCGACUUCUUUCACGUCCUAGCGUGUUCCGUCGCAGUACGCGUGCAGGCAAGCGCUAGCUACAAUUAAAUAUAAAAAAUGGUGGCCCAAAAGAAACAGAAAAAGUCCCAGGAGGGUAUUAACACCAGAUUAGCUUUGGUUAUGAAAUCUGGGAAAUACGUCCUAGGUUACAAGCAGACAUUGAAGUCUCUUCGGCAAGGCAAAGCGAAAUUGGUCAUCAUCGCUAAUAAUACUCCUCCCCUAAGGAAAUCUGAGAUAGAGUACUACGCUAUGUUGGCAAAGACAGGUGUACAUCAUUAUAUUGGAAACAAUAUAGAAUUGGGAACUGCGUGUGGAAAGUAUUUCCGUGUAUGCACCCUUUCCAUUACAGAUCCUGGAAACUCUGAUAUUAUAAAGUCUAUGCCCACUGGUGAUCAGGCGUAAACAUAUAUUUUUUAUUUAAUAAAAAUUUAAUAAAACCUAAAAA